AAUAUAUUCAAUAAUUGACAAACUAAAGACUAAUUACCAGAACACAUUUAUAUUAUUACUAGCCGUCUCACCCGGCAUUGCCUGUGUAAUUUUUCAAAUAUUAAAUAAUUGUUUACAUUAAUAUUACUUACAAGAGCUUUUAAUAUAAUCGAAACUCGAAGUGUAUAACUUGUCUUGGUAGAAACGUGGUCAAUAUCUCAUUUAGUGGAAAAGGGAAAAGUACACAUUUGGCAGAAACGGGUAUUGGUGGAAAAGGGAAAGGUAUACUUUUGGUGGAAACGGGUACCGCCCUGUGGGGUGAUGCGGGGAUAUUCCGGUUAAUAUCCAUAGAUGAUAUAAGAAUGAAUAGGACAUGCCUAUACCAGUUCCAUAUGGGGCCGUGUGCUUUUUUGGGGAAGAGAGAACGUAAAGAGAGAAAGACGAUAUGAGGCUUAGUUAGUUAUUUUAAAAAUAACAACUUAAUGAGUUAAAAAAAAUCGUGAACUUGCCCAGCGUUGCAAGGUUAUUUGUAAUAUUAAAAUGCUCUGAUUUUUACAUAACCAUCUUUUCUGGCAGAAAGUGAAUUUAGUUGAUACUUUUUUCGGUGGCGCAAAAUAUUUACUCGUACUAUGGUAUACUAUAAUCUAUUCCUGGUAGUUGACCCAGUCGCUCGACAAAAACCGGUCGAGGCCUCGCAGGCUGCUGCGUCUUCGCGCUAGUGGUGAUCGUCGCCAGUAGCAGCUGCCUCCUACUACGACGAGCCCUGCCGAUCGCUGAACAUCGCUGCCCAUCACAGACCGGUGGUCUCCUGAACGUUCCAGCGGCACAAGUGGGUCAACUUACGGGGAAUAGAGUAUAUGAACAACUUAAGACGAUAACCGAGCGGUGGACGAGUUUCCGUCAGAUCCCCAUCCGGCAAAGUCUAAACAAAAAUCCCUCGCGUCUGGUUGGCUGACUGGUUUUUGACUGUUACAAAAAUGCGACGAAUGUGAGGAGGUCGCGGUGUUGAUAUGGGCGUGUCUUACCUACGACCUCGACUGGUCAUCGUCUCAAGUUUGUCAUAGUAUAGAUGGCAAGGCGAUGUGACUACCAGCGAUUACAACGGUACGCUACAUUACUAACCUCAAGCCUGCGCUCAACCUAUGGUAACCCCGGGUUUGAUUACUUAUUUUCAAAGACCUUAAAUGGUUAUAGGUUUGUCUCAUUAUAAUUAUACAAUGAAGAAAUUAACACUCAAAAUAAAACAAAAAUAGAUAAAGUAUUGUUAAUCAUUAGACUUGUUUUAUCUACCAUAUAAGUUGUUUAUAUUUUUUGUAAUUUUUGUAGUUAAAUGUAGAUAUUGGGGUAUUGUUUUAGUAAAUCAAGUCCUGUUUUAACAAAGUGUACUUGUUUUUAAAAUAUUGAAAACUAUGAAAUGUUUAAAUUGGUUUUUAGAAAAGAAAGUUUUCGGUUUGCUUAUUUUUUUUUUUGAUUUUUUCUUGAGCUGUUAUUAGUUUAUUACUUUCUACUAUCUUUAAGAUUUCCCGAGCCAAGCUGCUUUCCCAAAAUGUAGUAAUGACUGUGUCAUGGCAGUUUCUACCUAAAUAAUAUUAAUGUCUAAAAUUAUUUUGUGUUUCAGAACUGUAAGUAAAACUGAAGAAGGAAUAAAUACAAUUGAUACUAAAAUAAAAACGGAAAAAGAAAUAAAAACUGAAAAUGAUUUUAUCGAGAGUUUUCAAUUCGAAGGAACAGUUUUAAACGAUAAAUACUCUUCAGAAUUUAUUACUAUUAUGAAUUCGGACAAGAUAUCCAAUUUAAAGAACAUUCAAAUAACCUGCAAAGUGUGCGGUAAAGAAUUUUCUGAUUCAAAUAAAUUUCAAGUCCAUAAGAAAUGUCAUACUAAAAGUGAUCAUUAUAAAUGCAACACUUGCAAUGUAUCAUUUGAUUCAAAAGGACUUUUGACAAGACAUAUGAAGAUUCAUUCCAGUAAGAGAGAAAAACCUUUCAUAUGUGACAUUUGUAAUAAAUCGUAUUAUGUUAAAUCACAUUUGAAAUCACACAUACUGAUUCAUAUUAAGGCCCAUGCCAGAAAAAAAUCAUAUAAAUGUGAUAUCUGUGAUAAAGUAUUUUCUCAAGCAGGGCAUUUAGCAAAUCAUACUAAGGCCCAUGCCAGAAAAAAUUCAUAUAUAUGUGAUAUCUGUAAUAAAGUUUUUGAUCAAAAAUGGUAUUUAAAAUGCCAUAUGAGGACACAUACUGCAGAAAAAUCUUAUAAAUGUGAUAUUUGUAAUAAACUAUAUUCUCGAAAAGAUAGUUUAAAAACUCAUAAAAAGAUACAUAUUGGAGAAAAGACAUUUAAAUGUGAUGUCUGUGGUAAAGGAUUUUAUCAAGCACAACAAUUAAGAGGCCACGUGAGAACACAUACUGGAGAAAAACCGUAUCAAUGUGAAAUCUGUGGUAGAUUAUUUAAUCAAACAUCAAAUUUAAGAAACCACAGAAUUACACAUACUGGAAUAAAGUCGUAUUCAUGUGACAUCUGUAAUAAAGUGUAUUCUCGACCAGACGUUUUAAGAAUCCAUAAAAAGACACAUACUGGAGAAAAGCCUUUUAAAUGCGAUAUUUGUGACAGAGGGUUUGCUAUUAUAUCAAAAUUAAAUUUCCAUAGAAAAACACAUACUGGAGAAAAGAUAUUUAAAUGUUACAUUUGCAAAAAAAAGUUUAAUCAAUCAAUAGAUUUAAUGGUUCAUAGAAAGACACAUGUCACAGAAAAGCUAUUUAAAUGUAACAUCUGUGAUAGUACAUAUUUUCGUGCACAUGGUUUAAAAGUCCAUAAAAUGACACAUACUGGAGAAAAACCAUUUAAAUGUGACAUCUGCGAUAAAAGAUUUUAUCAAACAGCAAGUUUAAAAGUGCAUAUGAGGACACAUACUGGAGAAAAAUUGUUUAAAUGUACUAUUUGUGAUAAAUUGUUUUCUCGAAAAGAACAUUUAAAAAUCCAUACAAGGACACAUACUGGAGAAAGGCCAUUUAAAUGUGAUAUAUGUGAUAAAAGGUUUAAUGGGUCAGGUGAUUUAAAAAAACAUAACAGGACACAUACUGGGGAGAAACCAUUUAAAUGUGACAUAUGUGAUAAAAGAUUUUCUACAUCAAGUGGUUCAAGAGUCCAUAAGUGGAAACGUCAUUCUGGAGAGAUGAUAUAAAUGUGAAAUCUGUGAUAAAGAGUUUUCUAUACCAGACGGUUUAAAAAUCCAUACAAGGA